AUGGGCAACAGCCGACGCUUCGGAAAGGGCGUGAAAGUUAUUAUCAAGUCUGGCAAUCUCCCCGCCAUUAUCAAAGAAGCAAGCGGCGAGAAGACGUGGGUUGUUCAUCCCAUUGAUGAUGAAGGAAAUCAAGUCGCUUCCGAUGCCAGGACUUUGAAAUCGCAACAGCUUCGCCACCUCAAACCCAAUGAGAAAUUUCCGGAAAUUGCGCCACCAAGCCAACCCAAGGAUCGUCGUCAGGGCAAGAAGAAGUCUUCACCAGCAGAAACGAGACCUCCACCCGUGGCAGUGGCUCCACCCGUGGCAGUGGCUCCACCCCCACCACCAUCCCCACCACCAUCACCACCACCACCACCAUCACCACCACCAUCACCACCACCACCACCAAAUGAUGAGCCGUCUUCACCACCAGCACCAGCAACACGUUGUUCCGGACGAGCAACCAAACCAUCAAGUAGGCUAAGCAUCUAUGAUACUGUGGCUUCGAGUCGAGGAGAAGCAGAGCAAGUGGAUGAGGAGUCCAAAUCUGAAGAAUCGGAUAGCUCCCAGGAGAAUGUGAUGGCCGGAGUCAAUCGUCGGCGUGCCAAACUGGCAGCAAGAAAAAGCCAAAUCCCCCACCUGAAGCUGAAUUCAAGGAGGAUCCAGAUCAAGCAUCGUGUGGGAAGCUACACCAGUGUUCCCGGUAAUAUUGAAACCAGCGGCAGUGAAGAAGACUCCAUCGCUGGUGGCGAAGAUGAACAAGUCACAGAUCGAAACCUUGAAGAAGACAUCCCCAGACACACGGACGUUGAUCUCGUUGAUGAAGAAGGCCAACCAGUCAUCGAUCCCAAUGACUUGCUCAUUGUUGAAGGCAUGGAGGAUGAAGACAAGUAUACGAAGAAAUGGCGCGAGUAUCAACAAGACAAGGCUCGGCUGAUCCAAGAAGGAUGGAGCGUGGAAAGGAAGGCUCCCAUGUCACAGGGCAUUGACAUUGGAGAGAAGGUGAAGGAGCGAUAUGGGCGACAGCGAUAUGGAGAGGUCAUUGCCAGCGAUCGAGAGGAAGGUGGACCGCCAACUUGGGAAGUGCAUUUUGAUGGAGCUUUGGAGCCAGAGACAAAAGUGCCAUCGACUUCUUUGACACUCAUUCGAGACAUGAGAAGCAUGACUUGGAGGAUUGUGGAAGACUCUCAUCCGGAAGGCGACGGUUGCGUUCCUUUCCAGAGUGAAUCCGAAGAGAAAGAUUGCACUGGUGUCUGA